AUGUCUUCUAAAAAUUUCUCUUUUCUAUCUUCCAGUGUCCAUGCCAUUAAUGAAGCCUUGCUAUUCAUUAUGGCACACCAAUCCUACCCCCUCGAUCUAUGUUCACAAGAUACUAUUGCACCAUCCUCCUCUAUCUCCCAAGUCUUUACUGAUGGCGAUAAUCAGACAGAGGUUAAUACCUGUUCUAUUUUCUCUCCACCCCCUGAGCUUGAUUCUCUGCGUCUCUCCAAAGGCCGCAAAAUUAUUCAGUAUCCGACCGAGCAAGAAAAGAUUCAUAUCUUUAAAGAAUGGUGGAAUACUACUACCUGGGCCGAGAAACGGAGAGAAGCCAAAAAGCCAUUAGUUCGAUUCAAUCCUAAAAGACACUCAUCUGUAUGGGACAAAUUCCACGAAGGCGCCCAAUUCCCGGAUGGGACCCCCUAUGUCUUUUGUGUCUCAUGUUCUCAUCUGCUCCAACAUCCGUCAACAGAGCACACUGGGACUAGUUCAAUGGCCUAUCAUGUCCGAAAAGGCUGCCCUAAGAAGUCGUCUUCGGUGCCUUCCAAACGAACAGUAGCUCAGAUGCUAAGUGAAAAACCGGGCCCGACAACCAUCUACACCGAACAAGAAUUCCUUGACCAAGUCCUGCGAUUUAUCGUUGCCUGCCGUCUACCUUUUCGAACUGUCGAGCAUGUCCAAUUUAAACGAAUGAUCAAUCUCGCCGCUGCCGGAUCAUCUCGCAGACCGCACAUUCCGAAUCGAAAGCAAAUCCAGGAACGAUUAAUCGAGUUAUCGGAUGAAAUCCACACACAGCUACUCUCACGGUUCCCGGCGACCGGCAGAAUGUCAAUUGCACUUGACUGUUGGACAAGCCCGGAUCAGAAAGCAUUUCUUGCACUUACUGGCUAUUUCUUGACGGACGAUCUUGAUUAUCAUGAGAUUAUUCUGGGCUUCCGACCGGUAUCCGGUUCGCAUACAGGUGAAACCCUUGCUGCCAUUGUUCUGUCGGUUCUUCAUAAGCAUAAUCUAUGCCAUCGUCUACUAGGGGUGACAACCGACAACGCGAGCAACAACAGUACUAUGUUCUCCUCCCUUACAGAGCAACUUCGCGAUGAACUUGAUACGAAUAUCCAGAUUCAGGAUACUAUCGCCGACCCGGAGCUUUCCAAAAUCCUUCGGAAUCAGCAUCACAUCCCAUGUCUUGCUCAUGUUAUCCAACUCUGUGUUAACCUCCUUUAUGAAUAA